AACUCUACCUCCUUACCUCUCUUUGACCUCCUUUAAUCUCCACAGCCUGGCCCUUGACUUCACGGACUCGGCUUACCUUUCUUCACCUGAAAUGUCCUGCCCUUUCUUGGGGUCUGCUUUUACCCACGCCUCUCUGGCCCCAUCCCUUCUGCGGGCAAGCCCCAGCAUUCCUCCACGGCUCGGCCUGGUCAGCUUGAAUCUCAUUUUGUUGGCUUGCCCUGGGCAAGGAGGGAGUGUGUGGUGCAAAGUGGGGCCAGGACUACCCCCGGACAAGACCCCUGCCUUGCCCCCUCCGCCCCUCCCGAGCCCUGGUUGCGGCGCUUCCUGGGCGGAUGGUUUGGACUUGCUGCGGCAGCUGCGGUUGUGCUGUGUCAUGCAAGAAGGAGGCGGCGGCGGCGGCGGCCGGAGCUGGAGGGGGAGGAGGGGAGGAACCUGAUCCUCGGUAGCAAAGGGCUGGAGGCAAACACCGAGCUCCCCCUGAACCGCCCGGGAGCGGGGAGGGCUCUGCUACCCCGAGGGGCCCUCCCUGAGGGGCAGAGGUGAGAAAGCAGCCGUCACAGACGCAUGACUGAAGCUGAGUGCGGCGUGCACGCCUGCAGUCCCGGCACUCGCCAUUCCGGAGGUGGGAAGAACCCAGCACGAAGCGCGGAACAUACUCCAGCCUUGGGGAAAGACGUGAGGAUAUGGAAAAUUUCAAUCAAAUGAUGCCGUGGAACAGCGUCGGCACACAGUCCUUCUCUCUGCUUGUUGCCUGCCGAUUGAGAUGGGAGCUGUUCCUGCCGCCAUGUCUGCCACCUGUUGCCAAGAUUCCUUGCCACGAUGGUCUCUUAUCCCUCUGGAGCCAUAAGUCAGUAAAAUCUUCUAUAAGCCGCCUUGAUCAUGGUUACAGCUGCUUCCUCAGUGCCGGCCUCAGAGUGGAGACCGUGGGAGCAGCGCCACCGCUGCCGCCGAAGACUUCUGAUGGACAAGAGGCACGAGGAAGAGCUCCUCAGCUGUUGUACAGGAACUGUUUUCGGGAAACACUGCCGUCAUUACCUCUGAGAGGCAAAGUUUGUGGCUGUUAUUUUCCAUUUACAAACAGAAGUUUUCUCUCUCAUUCACCAAUUUCUCCGCUCAAAGAAACGUGUGAGGAGUUUGAUGUGCUCCCAAGGAGAUGCAAUCCCAGGGCAGCGAGUGUCCGAGGAAAGGGGAAGCAAGAAGACAAGGCAAUUCUGCCCGAGGGUGCUUCAGAAGCCACAGAAAGUCGGCAUGCCUGCUCCUGUGGCUUUGCAGAAUAUCACGGUGCUAGGGGAUGAAACCGUGCCUCAGGUAAGCACUUGGGAGGGGAAAAGACAAGAGAACCAGUUUCUUGGGACCUCUCCUCUCCUCGUUCCCAGUGAUCAAAGUCCAUCCCACCUCCCUUCUGUCCAUGCUGGAUCACAUUACCUGUUCCCACUGUCAGCUUCUUAGCGAGCUACAGUGCAGCUUUUAACCUGGGUUGAGGAGGACAGAGACUUAGAAACCUACACCAGGACCUGCUGAGCCCGGUUGCUCUGUGUGAGAGGGGCAGGGUGGGAGGGGCAGCAGCUCUUGGUUGCAGGACUAUGCGAGCUACAAGCGGAGCAUGUCCCAGGCAGGACAAAAUAAGCAACUGAAAGUUUGGGAGGUAGUAGAAAGGGACUCUGGCAAGCACCGGAGGCAUGCCUGAGAGAUACCCGGAGAUAGGAGUAGAAAAUACAGUUCUAUCCAGCAGGCACUUGGAAACUCAGAACUGGAACCAUUCCAGAGAGACAGUCUUUUGAGGGCUCCAGAAACAAUAGCAAUUCAUAAUCCAUAUCUGAUUACUCCUAGACAGUGUUGACUAAUGAGGUAGGAGCACGGGCUCUGGAGCCAGGCUGCAUUGUGCUUAAGUCACCCUGUGUGUGCAGUGGACAGUUUACCCGUCCUCACUACGCCUUAGUCGGUACAUGCUGGAGAGCAUUUGUCUCCGCUCAGUAGAUGCUAAACAAACCACAGCUUUCACUGUCCCUUCAUCCUACUCUGAGACGGUUGUGUGACAUCACCAGUAUUCUCCCACCAGACAAACUGUCCUGUGCUGUUCCUAAGUGUCUACUGAAUAUGAUGAGGUUUUCUAGCUGAGUCCUUUAGUUGUUUUCAGAGGCGAGUGCCUCCCUCUGGGUCACGUGGUCGUGGAGUCCCACUCUCGCUGGUUGCUCCCUUCAGGGGACACAUGAGGCCCUAAGAAAGCAGCAUGGUAACCCCUCCCCGUUGGCGUAUAGACAGGAUGUAUCUAAAACUGCCACCUGCUCUUUCCACCUUCAAAGUGGGACGGUGCUUGGGUACUUUCAGAAGACACAGAAAAUGUAGAGUCAUCCUUGUAAGACGGCAGAGGUUCUUUCUUAAUGUCUGUCCAUGUGUGUGUGUCUAUGUAUAUACACAUGGGCAUGCAGGUGUCCACAGAGGCCCAGGAGAGGGGGUCUGGUUGUCUGGAGUUACAGGCAGUUGUAAAACCUUGAUAUGUGUGGUAGGGCCCCAACCUGGACCUUCUGCAAGAGCAGGAUGUGUUCUUAAGCACUGAGCCAGCCCUAAAAGUUUAAAAAGUGAUGGGAGGAUGGAUGCUAAUUAUUAAUCAUCAUCAAAUGUUGUUCCAGGAUCACCCUCCCGCCCUCUGAUUUUAUAGACAGGGUCUCACUGUAUAGCCCUGGCUGACAUGGAAAUCGCUGUGUAG